AUGGUUCGCUAUAUCCACGUGUAUGGCAGACAGCAUGGAAUUACAAUGGAAACUGCAUCCCAACAUAUUCAACUUCUAGAGCAGGCUGUCAAUCAUAAAUUUGAGGGAAGUGCUCAUUGGCACGGGAAAUGCUAUCACCAGGAUCGCAUACGACCCCACCCAUCCUGGCUCCGAAGGGACAUUGUCUAUGCAUGUGCAGGGGAGAAAGGGAACAACCGCCUGAACGAGGUGUGGUACAACACAUGGAUAUUCCGCAUCAAUCUCAAGAUUGACGGCGAUUUGGAUGAACGGACCGCACGCACGCUGCUAGGGUUACACAUGAAGGUGGAGAGGAUCCAGUUUACAGAAAGGAGUCCCAAUGAAACUACGAAGCGUAUGCGUGAUUUGAGAGACGAGAUCCCAUGGUUAGCAGAUGGGUCGGUAGAGAUGAGAAACACGGGGGAUUGCCGAUUCUUCGGAAGACGAUUUGAGAUUGGAAGGGAUAUCUGA